GUGUGGUGGCGAUGAUGGUGAUGAUGCUCGUCGUGUCACGGUCCCGGCGGGUCCCGCCGAGUCGCCGCGCGAGCUAAGGGGGAGCGCUCCCGGGUGCUGCGAGUCCGCCUCCGCUGACGAUGACCGUGUGCUGAUCGCGAAACAUGGCGCAGUCUAUCCUCGACGCACUGACAGAUGUCUCGCUGGACGGCUCCUCUGUGCAAUCCCUGCUGGACUCGCAAACCUUGAUAGCAGAAGUCGAACAGUCAGCGAUUGAUCAGGAUGAGGAAGAUAUAUUCCAAUGCGGCAAGUGCAAGAGCCAGUUUACGUCGCUCCAGAUGUUCGUACUCCAUAAGAGGGCGCACCAGAGGACGCAGCAGCAAACGGUGGACUUGACUCAGUUCUUAACUAACGACGAGAGUCAGGUGAUGCACGUGGAGGAUGUCGUUCAAGAUGAGUCGCAGUACAAUUCGCAGGAAACCUUUCAGCUUGGAGAACCUAUUAUUCUCGAAGAAACAGACAUGCUAUUUAGCGUGGACCAGGAGGCCGCCAAUUAUUUCAUGACGGACUCCACGUUCAGCGUGCCGAUCAUCUUGAGUACGGAGAAUCUGGACGCUUUCGGUGCCAUCGAGGCGACGAGGGAGGACUCGUGCGAGGUACCGACGGUACUGCAAAACGACAUCAGCUCGCAGGAGGACGCCUCGAGCCAGUCCGAGCAUCUUAGCGCCUCGUUGACGGACAACGAGCCAUCCCUGGCGGACAACGAGCCGCCUUUAGAGGACAACGAAUCCUCUCUCGAGAACAACGAGACAUCCCUCCAGGAGAAUUCACUUGGUGAAAAUGGCAUUAGUCGAAUGCAGAACUUAAAGUAUAAAUGCGGUUACUGCAACAAGCAGUUUGCGAAAAAAUUCUACUGGCAACAGCACGAACGUUCUCACACUGGAGAAAAGCCUUAUCAGUGCGUGGUGUGUGGUCGUGCAUUCGCGCAGAAGUCAAACGUGAAGAAGCACAUGUCCUCGCACAAAGUAUGGCCUGGCACCGCCAUUCAUUCGUUACCACCAGAGGCGCCUCCGGACGGAAGCAUCGAUCGCACGUACCAUUGCCAGUUCUGCAAGGAGACGUUUGACUCGUACAAAGCUCUGAAAGGCCACCUGAUCGUCUCGCAUCUGGCGCUGAAGGUGUACAAGUGCGUGCAGAGCAGCUGCAGCAUGAUGUUCUCCGAUCUGGAGGAGUUCCUGGAGCACACGCGCAGCCACAAGUGCUCGGAAUACCGGUGCCACGUGUGCGGCGAGGUGUUCAGCACCCUGUCGGACCUCGGUCGCCAUCAGUACGUCCACUCCGUCCAGAAGCAGAAGACCACGGAGAAGUAUUACUGCUGCUCGACCUGCAAGUCGUCAUUCUCGAAUCUGGAGGCGCUGCAGCACCACAAGGAGACCACCACGCACAAUUACGCGUGCCUGCACUGCGGCAAGAGCUUCCUCAUCGAAAGGUUCCUGCGCCGCCACCUCAAGACCCACUCGGCGUCGGCGAGAUUCGCCUGCGAGGAUUGCGGCAAGGCGUUCAAGACCGAGCAGUAUCUGGCCAAUCAUAAGCUGAUACACAGCGAGGAGACACCAUUCACGUGUCCGGAUUGCCCAGCCAGAUUCAAGCGGAAAGAUCGACUGGGCCGGCACAUGCUGAUCCACGAUCUGACGAAGAGGCUCAAGUGCCCGUUCCGCAACUACUUGGGCUGUAUGAGCGAGUUCUCGCGGCCGGACAAGCUCAAGCGGCACCUGCUGACGCACAGCAAUGUCAAGCGGUUCAGUUGCAGCCACUGCAAUCGCAACUUCCAUCGGGCGCAAGCUCUCAAGCAUCACGAGAUGAACAAGCACAGCCUUAAGUGCGACAUCUGCUCCCACGCCUUUAAGACCAAGGAGCAGCUGGUUACUCACAAUUGCGAGCAAUCGAGCGAGACCAAGAAGCACACGAGCUCGCAGCUACCGAAAAAAGCGUCCGGUUCGUUUAAGCCGAGGAAGCCCACCCCAAAGAGACAAACAAUAUCAAAGACUGCAAUCCCGCUUGCCGACAAGGAGAAAUUAGAAAAGCUUAAGGCUGAUGAGAUGGAAAGAAAAAUCGCCUCCGAAACAUUCAAAUCUGAGAGUUUCGACGAGGAAUCCAGCAUAAAAACGGAGGGUCCUCCCGUCUUGAAAGUCGAGUCGACCGGCGGUGAAUUGAACGAGCGAUCCGACUCGCCAGUAAUGGAUUUCGAGAGCGAUUUCAAGCGCAACAUGGAUUUCUAUUCGCCCCACGCGAGCGAGUAGAGUUUUGCAAUAUAUACAUAUACAUACACACGCAUACACACACGCGCGCGCGCGUAUAUAUAUAUUUUUGAUUCGUAUUUAAAUUGUACAUCAAUUAGGACGUAAAUGAAUCGUCGUAGCAUGUGCAAUGGGAUCAUCGGCGGCGAAGACGCAAGUUGCAUUUUAUAUUCUCGCGUACGGUAUUUUGUAGUUUACAUAUCUGUGAUAAUUGUAUUAUAAAUGCUCUAUUGAUAUAAGUAACUUAUAUAUAUGUAUACAUUUGCGCGCACAUCGAAGAUACUUCGGUGUCGCCGAUUUUGAUUCUUCUAUGAAAGAACCCGUCUCGUAUAGGCACAGUUAGUAGAUAUAAACUGAUGUAAUUGGAACGAGUCUACCCUUUCGAACACUUUCGUUCGCUGAAUUUUUUUAAUUACGAUAUUACAAGAUCGUAUGUACGAUAUCAGAGCUGUAACGAAGUAUUUGACAUCUUUUUAAUUUAUUUGUUAUAAAAUAUGAUAAAUCUCUAAAAAAAUAAGACGAGAAGUCACAAAUGCAAAAGAUGUAAAAUAACUUUUAAGAAAGAAAUAUCAAUUUUAUGAAAUAGCCAAAGCUUGUAUUGUAACUC